AAGAAAUCAGAACCUACUACCUAAAUAAAAAUAAAAGCAUAUCAUCUUGUCUUCUAUUAUAAUUCCACUUAAUUUUAUUUUAACGACCCCAUAAGGACGAAAAACAAGUUUGACUACGGCGAGAUUUGAACUCAGAACUUUUAGAAACAUUUUACUUUUCUUCCAUUUUUGCGUCUCUCCGCCACUCUAACGAUGAGCCAAUCUACUGCGAUACAGCUUACGUAGACAAAUGUAUAUAGAAAGAAAGAUGUCUAUGCUAAUAUGCCUCUUUUUAUAAUAUAAUUGCUGGAUUGGUGCUGACCCGGAGACAACAACAAUAAUAACUGUAACAAAUGCUCUGAAGUCAGCUAAUUGUGACAUUCUAGUUGCCAUAACACCGAAUUAGUUUUGACCAAUGGCUGCGAGAGAAAUAUUUACUUCUGUAUUAAGCAGCGUCAAAAUGUCUCCCUGACAAUUGUUGCUGACGACGAUACGAAGCAAUCUAGUUGCCAUAGAGUCGUGGACUCAGACUUAUGCUAUAUAAUGUCUGGCAUGAAUUCUUCAAAGUAUGACUACUGUGAUGAUAAAACUGGUAGUAAUGAUAAUGGAGAUGAUGAUGAUGAUGAUGACAUUGUUGUUGAUAUUACUGGUGAUGGUGAUGAUAAUGGUGUCAACAAUAAUGAUGAUGAUUUUAAUGUUAUCUCACCUGAUGAUAUCCUCUUUUCUGACAGAGAUGAAAUCAAAUCCAUAUCAAAAAUAUCUCCUAAUAUUGAAAAAUUAUUUUCAAAACCAAACACCCAAGACUCUUUUCCACUACAAGAUUCAGACAUUUUCCCUACUGACUUUCCAUCUGCACCAGACAGCAACUUGUCUGAGACUGUAGUGCAAAAUUCUCUAUCUGCUGACAUCACUUUAGAACAACCCACAGCAUUAAUUAAGGCAACAAACAAACAUGUUCCAGCUAAUAAAGAACCUCUGCAUAUUCAGGGAGGUUCUGGAUCACAUAUACUUCAAACAGGCCAGGUUGAAGAAGGAAAACAUUAUUUCAAUACUGAUACAUCUACUGCUGAAACUGAAUGGGAUAACCUUGAUGUUAUUACACUUUCAUCCAAUGAAAACAAAGGAGAAAUUUACAUAGAACAUGGCAAAGGAGAUGUUGGUUUGGAUCCUCAACAAACACAGACACCAGACUUUGCUUUCCAAGAAGCCUUGCAGUAUUUUCAGGGCCUUGACAUGUCACAUUUAAAGGACAAAAUACACAUGUCUAUUGAACGGAAAGGGUUGUCAGUUCUGUCUAAUUUUCUGUUCGGUCCUCCCAAACUGUCACGUAAUCUUCUACCAUCAAAAGAAUUUGUUUUCUGUCUUGCUGCCACUAACUUUGAUAACCAGGACCAAAUCCACCUGAAGUCUCUUUUUGCUGUGUAUCGCAAUUUAACUGGACGCAAAAUAAACUGCAGUCGUUAUGGAUAUCAUUGGGAAGAGAUUGGUUUCCAAGGUACUGAUCCAUCAACUGAUUUGCGAGCUGUUGGUCUUCUUGGGCUCCUGCAACUUCUCUAUUUAACUUCAAAGCCUCAGCUAAGUAACCUAAAAGAGAAAAUGUACAGUUUAUCAUCUCACAAGACUCAGCAUUUUCCAUUCUGUGUCAUGAGUCUGAAUGCUACUAAAAUGGUGCUUCAAGCUUUGAGGACUGAUCGACUGAACAAGUUGUGUAACAAGCAAGGUGAUGUAAUAUCAGUUGUGAAUGAGGUUUUUGUAGCGACAUAUUUUAAGAUCUAUCAUAUCUGGAAAUACCAGCAUAAAACUAUUGUUGAUUCUGGUUUUGUGUUAAAAGAUGUUGAAACAGCUCUGAAGAAAAAUAUUCCGUCCCUGAUAAAAGAAGUUGAACAGUACAUACAGAACCCAAGCAUCUCACAGCCAAGCAAAUGUAAACAAUCAUCAUCAUCAUCAUCAACAUCAACAAAACAUGACCAUUUCACUGGCGUCUCUGAUUUAAUUAACAACUCUUAAUAAUUGCUGAUCUUGGCUGUUAUUUCUUUCUGAUUUUACCCUUACAGAAGUAUGGACAAUGUUGAUUUUCUUAUAGCCGUAUAAUUAGUUGUUCAGUA